UGCAUCCCCACACGCUUCGCCGGCUCAGCUUUCCACCCUCUCUUCUCCUCUUGGCUGCUGCGCCAUGUGUCAGCUCAUGGGCAUGCAGACUGUACGGCCUGGUGCAACGCGGCGCGAUCUACAUGUACACAGCACGGGAGCUACAACCAACGGGAAAGGGUUCCGAAAUUUCUGCGAUUCCUUGCCGAGCGCGCUGAGCCCCAUCGCCAACCUGAUCUGCAACUACCCGAUCAAGACCCGGACGGUGAUCGCCCACGUGAGGAUGGCGACGCAGGGCAGGGUUCGCCUUGAGAACGUACACCCUUUCUCUAGGGAGCUUUGGGGAAGCUACUGGAUAUUCGCGCACAACGGCGAUGUGCCGUCCGCCAAGGACCCCGCCACGAGGGCGCUCUUCCUCCAGACCAAGAGCAAGCGGUACACCCCCGUGGGGGACACGGACAGCGAGGCGGUGUUCUGCUUCUUUCUCAAUCGUCUCUUGGACGUCUUUCCGCACGCCCCCCCGAACAUGGCGGACGUGUUCGUCGAGCUGAAGCGGUUGUGGAAGGAACUCUGCAGCGGAUCGGGAGUUAUCUUCAACUUUUUGCUGGGACAGGGUGGGGACACCCUGUUCGCAGGGUGCUGGCCAGGAGCUCGUCCCGGGUCCGAGGUGUGGAACAGCCUAUACUACACCGUGAGGGAGUUUCCGUUCACGACCUGCCAGCUCAUUGACGACGAUUGCGAGGUGGACUUCAACACCGUUACGACGCCCAGCGAUCGGGUGGCCGUCAUUGCUACAGCCCCGUUGACCACCAACGAGGUGUGGUGCGAGAUGGCAAAGGGCGACCUGCUGGCCUUCCACGGGGGUCAGCCGUUCAGCAGCCCGGACGACUUCCGACGCCAGCUCCGGACCAAGGCCGUGGACAUCUCUGUAUGCUCCAACUCCGGCGCGUAGUCCUUGACCGGUCAAGAACAAAAAAACACAACCCGUUCAUUUUUGCAGGCGGGGAGGAGGCUGCGAGGGCCUCGAGCCCGCGUGCGCCUUUGAUGCUGGAGGAGUUUUAUUGCUGUGGGGAUGGGUGGUGAUGGUGUCUCCAACGCGGGAGGGCCGUGUUUUGCGCCGGGCGAGCAGCGAGCAUCCUCGAUGACGAGGAUAAUGGCGGCUUCCGGUUGAUUGCUUAUGUGUUGAGCAUGGCUAUACUACGGACAGAGUGGAGGUAUGUGUCUACGUUUCCGUCUUAUGGUAUCAAAUGCCGGCCGGCGCAUACAGUUUCCACGCGAUUUAGCCACUAGCAGCGCAUGUCACACUUUUCUUUGUCACGGGGAAGGCGUUUCGUUUCCUUAAUAUUUUCUUUCACGAUUACUCGGUACAUACAUAGAACACAUCGCGCCUAUUGCGUAUGCCGUUCCCCAGAUUGAGGGGAGAGAGAGCCCUCUGCAGGGUCAGCAUGGAUAUAGUUGUUUCGUCUCCUCGAAAACGGGUGGCGUUCCACCCCUGUUGGAGUCUUUCCAUCCACUUUCUUACGACCCCAAAAGUGUAGUAAUCAAGCACGAACGUACCUCGUGUGUAACUACCUGCAAUCGUAUGUUUAGGUGUAUCUCCCCUGUCUCAUUCGGCAGUGACUGCCAUGUGGGCCCAAACGUAUUAGGUGGUGUUCGUUGUCUCUAGAGUUUUACGAUGUUUUUCACGGCAUCAACAGCAGCAGCACCUCCUGUCCGAUGUUGUUGUCGUCACACGGGCCCUGUCCAUCACCUUCCGCACUCGUCACGGGGGGCGGGAAGGGGAGGCAGGGACGGCGCCAGUAUCCGCAAACGGGGUGGUUAUAUUUGAAGGGAUACAUGGAGAGGCCCACCGGCGAGACAGACCUCUCUCUGUGGUAUGCAUUGCCGAGUGGUUGUUUGUCGUUUGGCUGUAUGUAACACGGUUCUGGUGGCCGAGAUAUGGCGCCCGUUGAGAACCGGUCGUCUCCCAGGGGCCGUCGUUCGUUCCGCCGUUUAAGGGUGGCUUACUUUCUAGGGUGGUGGCAAACCGGGACGUCGCCGUCAUCUACUCGAUCGACUGUCCUUGGGUCAUGCUUGCUACCUGUGCGUGUCUCGUCAUGUCGUUUUUUCGUGCUGGUUCUUUUUGCUUUUCUUUUCCCAAAUAGAUAUUUGGCGUCCUGUGGCUUGUUUUUUCGGUGUUCGGGUUGCUUCGUUUGGAGAACUUCGUCGUCGUAGGGGUCUACGUGGAUGGCCGUGUGAGUCGUCGUCCAGCAGGCUGCGACGGUUUUGAUUUCGCACGCGGCACGUUUUUCUCCAUGCACUAGAUAGACCUGGACGACCUUGCAACGCUCGUAUACGUGCGGGUUUUUAUUUUUCCUCUGUAAAACGAGUAUGGCUUUAGAUAGUCAACUCAAAAAGUAAACAUUUUUCGGUAAUACAGAGACCGUUGUAGUGGUAUUCGGGCUGUAUCCGAAUGGCCCUUAUAUUGCCGAACAGAAUGGCACAUGAUGGCAUCAGGGAGAAAAAAAAACAGCACAAAGGGAGGGGGGAAUGCUCGUAGCUGUAGAGGAUACGGUCGUACCGUGGGGGGAAGUGAGAGGUGAAGGAGGACACAGAUAGGCACCGAGCGAAGCGAAGACAGAGCAAGCGACAGCAGUAGGCGGAUAGACAGAGACGCGGCAAACGGGGCCGGGAGUACGUAUAGGAAGCAGAUGCUUAGGGGGAG